UUCAUUUUUAGCCACAAUAUUUUCUGAAUUUGGAGACAAAACAUUUAUAAUUGCGGCAAUUUUAGCAAUGAAAUAUAGCCGAUAUUGGGUAUUUUUAGGAAGUUAUGGUGCUAUGUUUUUCAUGACUUUUGUUUCUUGUUUUUUGGGUUAAUUUAUAUUAUAUAUAUUGCCUGAAUAAUAUAUGAAAUUCGGGGCUGCAAUACUUUUUUUCAUUUUCGGAGGAAAAUCAUUAUAUGAUGUUUUAAUUAAAAAACAAGAAGAAGAUGAUAAUGAAGAAAUAGAGAAAGAAAUGGAAGAACUAAACUAAAAAUUGACGUAAAAAACAAAAGAUAUAGAAGAAAUUUAAACUUCUAACUAAAAAGUAAAAAAUUAAGUUUUCGUAGUUGAAGGAUAUAUAGUCGCUUCUUAAACUUUUCUUUAAAUUUUUUUAGGGGAAUGGGGAGAUAAAUCCUAAAUUACUACAAUUGCUAUGAGUGCUUCUUAUGAUCCUAUUAGAGUCUUCGUAGGUUCAGUAAUUGCACAUGCUUUAUGUUCAGCAACAGCAGUAACUGGAGGUAGGUAUAUUUCUUCUUUUGUAUCAGAAAAAUUACUUACUAUUUUUGGAGGAAUUGUAUUUAUAUUUUUUGGAAUAUUCACCUUAUAUAAUUUAUGAUAUUUUUCCUC